CAGGAGCCUCCAGAGCCAAUCGACAUUCCCACCAGUCGUUGGCUGCUGUCAGUAUACGGCAGGGAUAUCCUCUCCAGAAUUGAGCAUAUAAAAGCCAGCAUCACAUCCAUCUUUGGCAACAUCUUAAAGAUGGAUUCCACAAAAAAGAUCACAAAGAAGCUGGCCGGCCAUGGACGGGGGACAGCACUCUGGGUAACCUCCAUUGGAAAUGAGGUUGGCCAGAUAGUGACCAGUGUGCUGUCAGUGCAAGAGGGGCCAGGACUGAGCAGAAUGGUGGCUGGUGUAAUGGAGCGCUACCGCAAGGCUGCCAUUCCACCACCAGUGCUGCUUUAUGUGGACUGUGGCUGCUGCGUGAGUGAUGGAGCGACAAGCAAGCUGCAGACCAGGUUUGGGGAGUGGCCAGACCUUCACAUACGGCUGGACAUCUGGCACUUUAUGAGGAGGCUGGCCGUGGGCUGCACCACCGAUGCCCAUCCCCUCUAUCCCACCUUCAUGGGAUGCCUGUCAGCCUGCAUUUUUGAGUGGGACGCUGGAGACCUCAGUCUGUUGCGGCAGGCAAAGAGGAAACAGAUGAUGGCGGAAGGUUUGCCAGCUAUUACUGACAUCCUGGUGGACAGAAGCAUCAGUAAAAAGGAGCUGAGCCUUUACUGCCGCAGGAGGACACGAGGUGAAGAGGCCACCAUACGCCUCAUGGAGAGGCUGCUGCAGGACCUGGGGGGUGCAAACGGUAGGGACCUUAUGGGUGUGCCACUUCUAGAUGAGGUGCGCAUGGAGCACAUCUGGCGUGUGCAGAAACGGCAUGUCAGGUGCAUUCAGGACGUGCCGGGUGUGCCUCUGUACACAGAGAUAGGCACCACCACAAAGGCGGGGGUCAUCCUGACCAGGUAUCGUUGUGCCAGAGGGUCAACGUCCCUUGAGUCCUUCCACUGCCACUUAAACAGGUUCAUUCCAGGAACCAGUGCAAAUGCGCUGAAUUUUCAGCUCUACCUGCUGGAAGGCCUGAACAGGUGGAAUCAGGACCGGGCAGCUGCAUCAGUGACCAGCAAGCCAGCGUCCCUUCUCACGUACGCCGGGGAAAUGACCCACUGUGUCAACACCAACAGCCUGAAGGUGUUGGUCGGCCUUUUGUGCCAUCUUUCCAGCCACCUGCUGAAUACACUGUCAGACUGGACAGCCCCUAGUAGAGGAUCCCGACUCAGAGGAAACAGAAAACCUGUUGGAGGAUGUGGAUGA